GUUCUCCCUCGCCUGCGCUUCUGGUGGCGCCUCGGAGCCCUUCGACUGCGCCGAGCUGUCGCAGGCCACCUGGUCGGCCGACCGGCGGCAGUGGUGCUGCGAGAGGAAGCAGGUCGGCUGCGGCGAGCAGACGGCCGCGGCGCCCCCGACCGGGGAGGCAGAAGGCCCCGCGGCCCACGCCGAAGACGACCGGGAGCGCGGGGGCCCGCAGAAGUGCCCCAGCGACCUCCUGCUGUGCCCGGCGGAAUGGCGGACCUCCGACACCGCCGGGGGGUACUACUGCGAGGAGCUGAGGGGCUGCCAGGCGGCGUCCAUGGGCCCCUUCGACUCGCAGUCGUGCAGCCGGCAGUGCUCCAUCGGACGCGCGCGGGGAUGGUGGGCGGCUCAGGCCGCGCUGAAACUCCUCCAGGCGUCCUGAAGGCGUCCUUCAACUGCAGCUUCGACCUGGAGACGCAGCGGAGCUGGUCGGCGUCCAAGUCCGACUGGUGCUGCUCGAACUUCCGGCUGGGGUGCCCGCCGUCAGCCACAGGGUUUGCCGUCGCAGCCGCGGGCGCUGGCGCCGUGAACGCCUCGGCCGCCGUGCCGAGCGUCGCCGACGCCGGCGCCGUGAACGUCUCGGUCGGCGUGCCGAGCGUCGCCGACGCCGGCGCCGUGAACGCCUCGGUCGGCGUGUUGGGCGUCGCCGACGCCGGCGCCGUGAAGGCCUCGGUCGGCGUGCCCGGCGUCGCCGACGCCGGCGCAGUGAACGCCUCGAUCGGCGUGCCGGGCGUCGCCGACGCCGACGCCGUGAACGCCUCGGUCGGCGUGCCCGGCGUCGCCAACGCCAGCGCAGUGAACGCCUCGGCCGGCGUGCCAGGCGUCGCCGGCGUGGGCAACGCUUCGGUUGAAAACCUCACUGGGGUCACCGGAGAGUUCGGCUCUGGCGUGGGCACCACCACGACCAGCUCGACGGCGACCACCAGCGCGACCAGCGUCAGCACCAGCGUGACCAGCACGAUCUCCGCGACCCUCACCACGUGGAGCAUCACGACCCUGACGAGCUACACGACCAGCACCACCACGCUGCCG